UGGAGAAACACGCGAUUCCACAGUUCUGAUACAACUCUAUACUGACCAGUUGGGACUAAACAGACUUGAACAGAGUAAGUGUGACUGCGGUACAGGCUGUAAAUACACACGCUGUUGAUUAGUGUGUAAACUUACCUGUCAGUACUUAAAAAUGCAGAGGAGUGCUUCGUCUGUGAGAUUUGGAGUGAGCUUCAUGUCGGCAGAGGGUACCGCUGGGAAUGGAGGACGGCCGUUUACAUACCGGAACGGACCCGGACCCUGGCCCGGUGUUGCGCUGUCGGUCCUGGCGUCCUCUGCUGCUGUGGCCGCGGUCGGUGGUUUCUCUGCCCUCCUCUACCCAAUCCUUACAGAGCUGCGGGCAGAGAGAGUGAGGGGAGAGGAUGGCACUGAUGAGAGGCUGUUGGGUUUCUGGAGCAUCCUGGUGUUGUCAGUAUUAGCAGGAUGUAUCUGCUGUAUAUUCUCAUGGACUCUGACCUACCUUGACUCCUACCAGCCUGGCAUGGGGUUGCCAACACUACUGACACUGUCCUACUUGAGAGAUUUAUCGGCCCAUGGUUUCCACAUGUGUUAUGGUGUUGCUGUCCUCAAUGGCAUCAUGGCCAUGCUCACUGUCAUCUGGAGCCUCACCUGACCCAUCUCUCUCUCUCGCGCACACACACACGUUAACAUUAAGUGUCUUAGCAUGUUGUUGGACCACCAUGUGCAACCAGAACAGUUUCAUUGCACAUUGGCAUUGAUUCUAAAGUCUUUGAACUCUACUGGAGGGAUGAAAACCUUUCUUUCAAAAGAUAUUCCCUCAUUUGGUGUUUUGAUGAUGGUGGUGGAGAGCGUUGUCUAAUACAUCGGUCCAAAAUCUCCCAUAGGUGUUCAACCGGAUUGAGCUCUGGUGACUGUGAAGACCAUAGCAUAUAGUUAGCAUCAUUUUCAUACUCGUCAAACCAUUCAGUGACCCCUCAUGCUUUAUGGAUAGGGGCAUCAUCAUCCUGGAAGAGACCAAUCCAACUCCCAUCAGGAUAGGAUAAAUGUUUCAUCAUAGGAUAGAGGUGAUGAAUCAGAACAACUUUAUAUUGAUUUGCAGUGAACCAUCCAUGACAAGUGGACCCAAACCAUGCCAGCAAAAUGCCCCCUACAGCAUAACAGAGCUACCAGAUCCACUCAUUGUAGGGAUCAAGCAUUCAGUCCUGUAUGAAUUUUUCCUUUAAUUUGAAACAGUGUGGUGUAAAGUUUGGAUGACAAUUAUUAAUAAUGAAUAAUGAUGUUUGCUAAUUGUGUAUUUGAUUGUUGUCUAUUAUUUGCUAAAGAUAAUCAAAACUGAGGGCAUUAUGUUAAAAGAAGAGAUGUGAUUCUGCACUUACUGAGUAAUAUAUAUAUAAACUACAAUGCAUGUGAUUAAAUACCACACUUUUAUUAUUAUUAUUUUUAAAAAGAAUGCAGUAAGAAAAAGGUAAUUGAACAGUAUUAAAAUUGAUAUGGCCUGUAGUGAAUAUAGUUUAAAGUAACUGAGCAGCAGCUGAAUGAGCUGUGGGAAAUCCCCUGUAGAAAAAACUGAAGUCUGAGGGCAGCGUUUCAAAGCUGCUGAUGUAGCAAAAAUUCAUGCCCAUCAGGAAGUCCCGGCAAAACCGAAAAUUGGACGGAGCAGCUGCCAAAAGUGAAGAAGUGGGCAUCGUAGUGAUCGGUGCCAAAAUGUUGUUUUGAAAGAAAGAUGAUUGGUUGAAAGUGACUUAACUAUGGGGGAGUUCACACUUUCCCACCUUGGUCAGCAAAAUUAGAAGUAUAAAAAGUAACUUUUAGCUGAGAUUAUUGUAUCAUUUCAGCAUAGACGCUUUCUGUGUAUGUUUUGGUUCCGGGGUCUGUUGCUGGCAAUAAAACUCUUAACUGCACUCAGCUGGAUGACUC